AUGUUUAAACAUCUUGCACUUGGUGAACUUUCACAUGCAAAGAGAAGUCAACCCGAUCUCCUCAUACCGGUAGCCAAGACAUCACUGCAACUGUGGCAGCCACACGGACGAUCGGCAUCACCAGGCGAUUUUUCAGCCUUCUGCGGCCAAAUUUGCAGUUCAGGCAUCAGAAGCGCAAAUACGUCACCCAUACCUACGCAUCUUUCCGUGACCUACGAUGUGUGGUGUACGGACGAAAUCACGGCUUCAGACCUGUGUUUAGCUACAGCGGCUGAGAUCAAUGUCGAAGCCACCUCGGACGCCGUCUUCUCACCCGAUGCGCUUUCUCAGCCUCGCCUCUCCGUCUACUCGUGCAAGUCGCAUACUUCAGAUGAGGAAUCGCUCCUGGUAAACAUCGCUAGAUACAUUACCAAGGCUCGCUCUACGCUUUCCGGCGUCAUCCGCGCACCUCCGCUUCCCUACUUUCCCACCUGCUGGCACGACGCAAUGGAGACUUCUCGCCAAUACCAGAUUCCCAAUACGCCACGCGUUAUAUCGCCUUCGCCGACUCCCUCGGAAGCUGGUAGCAAUAAAGAUGGCUACUUUGGGCCAACGACGCGCUCAACUUCGCGCAAACAACAAGUGCGGGUCACGUCACCACCGGCCAUAGACGAGGAUUCGUCGAGCUCAGAUCUAGAGAAGAGAGCGCGAACUAGAAGUCGAGAUGCUAUGCUGGAAGGCAGCGUAGGGAAUAGAAGGAUGAGCGGCUUGACAAGUCGGCGACAAGUGAAUGCGAGCGCAAAGAAGGAGCUGAUGGUGCCUAUCAACGGAGCCACAAAUGGACGCCUAUCACCAGCUGCAGCUAACAAGAACUACUGGAGAGAAAUGAGCAGGAGCCCAAGUCCACUGGGACUGAUUCCUAUCCAUCAAAAGUGGCGGUCGUUCAUUCACCGGCAUGAAAUCCCACGCAAAAUCCUCCACGUUUCGAUCGGCUUCCUCACCAUCUGGCUCUACUGCAAUGGCACACAGACUUCCCAAAUCCACAAUGUCCUGCUUACACUACUCAUUCCCAUCGCUCUCACAGAUGUCAUCCGACAUCGCUACUGGCAGGUCAAUCGUCUCUACAUCCGCUGUCUAGGCGCGCUGAUGCGUGAGUCUGAGGUGGAUGGUUACAACGGCGUCAUUUCUUAUCUCCUGGGAGCCUGGAUCGUCAUGCGCUUCUGCCCCAAAGAUCUCGCCGUCAUGAGCAUUCUCUUGCUCAGCUGGUGCGACACAGCAGCCUCCACGUUUGGUCGUCUAUGGGGCCAUCUCACCCCCAAGGUACGCAAAGGCAAGAGUCUCGCGGGAUCCAUUGCCGCUUGUGUGACAGGUGUCAUGACGGCUGUCGUGUGGUGGGGCUGGCUGGGUCCUCUGUACUCGCAGUACAAUAGUGGCGAGAAUGCGUUUGCUUUUCAGGGUGCCCUCGUCCUUCCUCAGCCCGUCCGAGAGGGUCUAGGGUGGUCGCUGACUGAGUCGACCAUUUCUGGCUACUUGGCAUUGGGAACCAUGUCGUUGGCGGCAGGCAUCAUCGCCAGCGUCAGCGAGGCGCUUGAUGUUUUUGGCUGGGAUGACAAUCUGACGAUCCCGGUCCUGUGUGGCGCCGGCAUGUGGGGCUUUUUGAAGAUGUUCGGAUGA